AUGUCAUUUGAAGUCGGGGUAAUUAUUCCAGCGGCUGGAUCGGGUCUCAGAAUGGGAAAUGAAUUGAAUGUGGCAAAACAGUUUGCUCCCGUGUUUGGGAGGCCUGUCGUCUGCUACACCAUAUCUUUGAGAAAUAAAAUACCUGAUGUAAAAAACAUUAUCUUGUUGGUUGGAGAAGAUAGUAAGUCUUAUGCAGAAAAGUUGUUGAAACCAUAUAAUUUUGACAAAGUUAUAAUUAGCGUUGGAUCAACCAGCAGACACCGAACCAUUCAUGAAGGAAUCAAAAUAUUAGGCAGAAUGUAUGUCAAACCUGAAAUAGUUAUAGUUCACGAUGCUGUCAGGCCACUGAUUCGAGUUAAAGAUGUUGAAGAAAUUAUUAUAGCUGCUGAACGUAUGGAGGCUGCUGGCAUGGUCAGACCAUUGGUAUCAACUGUAUUAGAAAUUAAUGCUUAUGACAAGUUAGAUAACAUGGUUCGAAGCCUAGAUAGAACGAUGCAUAGAUCCAGUGAGAUGCCUCAAGCAUUCCAGUAUGUAGUUCUGAAAGAUGCAUAUGACAGAUGCUCUCAGUAUGAUUUAAAUCAUGGCACAGAAUGUUUGGAACUCAUUAAGAAGUAUACAACAGCUAAGGUUCACCUGGUUGAGGGGCCGGAAUAUUUGGGAAAGGUUUUUUGCUGUGUUGUCACAUUAUUCAACUUUUUAUAA